ACAAAUCAAUAUGGCGGUCGUUAGUAAACGUCAAAUUCAGUGUGGUGUUGUGUUCCGCGGUGGCGUCUAUCGAUUAUUUUCGUAAAACAUGGCUGGUUUUACGGAAAACGCGUUAGUUCGUAAACUCCAAGAACUGAAUUCAAGCCAGCAAAGUAUUCAAACACUAUCGUUGUGGCUAAUUCAUCACAGAAAACACCAUUCCGUUGUUGUGAAAACCUGGUUCAAGGAAAUACUCAAAGCUAAGGACAGCAAGCAGCUUACAUUCAUGUACCUCGCUAAUGACGUAAUUCAGAACAGUAAGAAGAAGGGUCCAGAAUAUGGGAAGGCUUUCGGAGAGGUCCUCGUGGAGUCCUUCAAGCACAUGGCUAAGACUGGUAUCAACGCUAAGACUAAACACUCCUUACAUAGAAUUCUAACUAUAUGGGAAGAGAGAGGGGUGUAUGAUUCACAGAAAAUACAGGAGUUUAAGGAGGCUGUGGACCCCAACGAUGCUAUCCCAAAGAAGGUGAGCAAGCGCAAGUCAGUAGAAGUCGAAGGUAGCAAGGAGCCUGAGAAGAAAGCCAAGGUCGAGGCACGCGCCAAGCAGGAGCGCCGCCGCAGCGAGACCAAGGAGGUGGACGGACACAUAGAGACACACACCACGCUCAGCCCCAAGACGCCGCCCGGAGACCCGCCAGAGCCUGAGGAACUUAUUAAGGCCUUACUAGAACUGGAGUCGAGUGCGUCGAGCGACGAGGCGGUACGCGAGCGCAUCGCCUCGCUGCCUCCCGAAGUGUCCGAAGUGCAAUUAUUGUCUAAGUUGGAAGACAAGGAGUCAGCCCAGCGACUGAGUGCAGUAGUGAACUCUGCAGUGGAGUUACUAGCGGAGUACAACCUGCGUCUGUCGGAGGAGCUGGACAAGCGGCGGCGCGUGGCGGCCAUGCUGCGGGACUUCGCGCAGGCGCAGAGAGACCUGGCGAAGCAGGCUGAGGCUAGGCUAGAGGAAUACAACAUAAAACUCCAAAAGAUAUACGCAGUGAAAGCGGAAGUGAAGUCCCACAUAGAGAGCUUGCCGGACGUGUCGCGACUACCCGACGUCACCGGCGGCCUCGCGCCGCUACCGUCUGCGGGCGAUCUCUUCAGCAUCUGAGGGAGGACUUAUGUAUAGCAUCGCAACUGACUUAGGAAAUGGGGGAAUGCACUUACUAUGUUAAAUUGGAAAAAAAAAUAGCUGUCUUACUAAAAAAGAGGUUCUCAAUUCGACCACGUAUAUUAUCUUGAUUUAUUUUUAAUAAUUUUUUGGAGUCCAAAGUUUUAAAUAAAUUGGCUGAAUCGUUUUAGACAUGUCAAAGAUAUACAUUCUGGCAUUAUUUUUGCCUUCUGCUCAGUUCUGAACUAUUUUAUACGGUUUUGUAUUACUUCAAAAAAAUAUUUAAACAGACGUUUCACACAUGCUCAAGAAUAUUUUUUUCUUAACUCAUUUCGAAAAUCUAUUACAUUUUUUUCUGUUAAUUAUAACACUGCUAGUAUUUCAAUCAUACUUACUACAUAUCUUGACUAUAUGAAGUAUUAACAAGACAAUACCAUUGAAUUGCUCAAUGAUAAGCUACGUUUCUCACUUGUUAUUUUAACAUCGCUACAGACUGUUUAUUAAAAAAGAUUUAUUAACAUCGUAAGUGCAUUUCAAUGAUAUUGCAAUUUCCCUUUACUUGCAAAAAGGGCGUAUCCACAAAAGUAGUUGACUUACGCCCUUUUUACAAUUAAAGGCAGAAAUUAUUAGUUACGUUCGGAUUCCGAGUAGCUAAUAAAGUUUGUUAAUUUGUAAGUUUGUUUGCAACACUAUAGUGAGAUACCGAAGUGUAUGGUUAUGUGUUUUACCCGGCUAUUGUAAGCAAUACCCGGUCGAAAUAGAUAGCGUUUAUUUUUCUAUGAACGAUGGUGUAAAAUUGACGGAACUAUUAAUUGGUGGACGUAUAUAAAGGAAAGACUAGGAUCGAAAAAGUACUGAUUUUGCAUAGGUUUAUAAUGAUGUUUAACUGCCGAUUUCAAUAACCGAUCUGUCAGUUGUUUUUCAAUUGAAGAAUGAAAUUGACUUAAUUUAUAUGGCGCUAUCACAAAACAACGUAGAGAUCGGUUAUAGAAAUUGACUGUAAGACAUAUUACUUGCUAUCUACAUUUUUACGAGGAAAUGAGACGGGCUAUACGCGCCGUUCCUUUUUCGGAUUGGAUUCGAGAUGGUAGACAUGUCUGUUUUUGACCCAAGAUUUGUCAUUGAAAACCGUGUGCGUAAUAAUUCACAUUAAAUAUUUCCUACUAAUAUGUAUCAUAAAUGCAAAAGUUUACAAACUUACACACAUGUAAACUUUUGCACUCUCACGCAAAAACUACUGAAUACAUUUCGAUGAAACCGCGGGCGGAAACUAGUAACAUAAAAAUAACAUGUAAUACAUUAUCAUACACUUCUUAUAAUUAAAUUAUAAUCGAAGUUUGCCUUAUUUGUCAAGAGUAACUGCCUUAACAUUCGCAUACAAUCGUUUUAGUAAAGUAAAUAUACUAUUGAAUAUCGAUAUAUCAUCUAAGUUGUAUAUUAUAAGCAAUGACUGUAUAAAUAGCAAAGUAAUAUUGUACUGAUAUAAUUAUUUAUACAACUUUCAUAAGAAAUAGCUAUAAAGAUGUCAUCUUAUAGUAUUAUUCUUGUGUAAACGUAUGCGAGUGAAAGACAGCUGCAACUCAAAGCUAGGAGUGUCAAAAUAUUGUCAAAAUACCGAGUAUAUAAUAUAGGAUUACUGGUAAUAAUUGACCGAUACUUGAUUACGUAAUUCUACUCAUGAAUUCAAAAAAAAAUAGCCAAAGAAACUUUUUUAAUACUCAUAAGUUUGAUCCAAUAACUGUUUCAAAAUCUGAACUUCGCUUUUCAAACAGAUGUUUUGCUAUUGCAAUAUACAAAAGAAGUUUCUUUGGAAAAAUUGAUUGUCAUCGUUCAAGUAUCGGUCACUAAUUACCAGUCACCCCAUACGGAUAGACUUAAAAAACAAUAGUUGCUUGAUUUUAGCCUUGAAAUUAAGUUAAUUGAUUUAUUCGGCCAUCUUUAUAAUUAUGUAAAUGAUUAUAUGUAACUCUUUAUGUUAACAUAAAAUACCUUGUGUAUUUUGGCAACCGAUUCAUUUCUAAUUCUGUUAAAUUAUGAUAUAUGAUUUCAUUCAUUCAUUCAUUUACCAACCAAAAUAACAUCUUGUAACAAUGACAUUUAUCUGAGGCUCAUAUUAAAAUUAUUCGCAAUUAUUUUUGGCAUGGCGAAUAAGUUCAAUCAAUAUUCAUACUUAUUUUCAUACUUUUAAGGCACAUUUUCGAUUUAAAUACGCAUGCUGCAAUAUCAACUUGUCCAUAUCAAAUAUGAACCUUAGGUACAUAUGAAUAAGAUUGACAUUGGGUUCCGUGGCUUUUGGUCAGUUUGGUAUUUUUAAUAUCUACAUUGUUUGUUAUGUUUUAUCCUUAGUCCACAUUUCCAUUUUAUUUUUAGCGUGAACUCUGAAAAGCGGUCUAUGAACUCAAUUUGUUGAAAUUUUUGAGUUCAGUUACUCCUUUUCAAUCGUAAUAUAAGUUGUACAAUUUGUUAUUUGCCUUGCACUGUAUUUUUCUAGAUAUAUCUGAUUAUGAAAACUCGAUGUAAUCUCAAGGUUUAUUUCUUUGCCAACUUACUGAACUUAUUUUUUUAAUUCCCGAAGCUAUAAAUAUUAUCUACCAUUUAUCCUCCAUACCAAUACUCCUAUAUUUUUAUGCUGAUAUCAGUCUUCCGCAAAUAUAAUACAGUUUUUGUGUAAUCCAUUUUUGAAACAAUUGUAUUAAUUUAGUACACAUGUACAUCUGUAUUAUCAUGCGAUUCAUAGCAAUAAAAAUAAUUUCUCAGAAAAUUGAUAAAUUGAAUGCAUGCUAUGUUCAAUAAUCGAUAUUGAUAACUUUUCUCACUGACUAGUUGAAAAUACAUAUUAAAAGUUAAGAAUAAGCAUGUAUAGAUAGCAGAUAGACCACAUAUCUUACAAUUUGUUGUUAAGGGAGUUUUCAACUAGGCAUUGAGAAAAGCACUGUUUGGCACAGGUUUAAAACUGUCGAUUUUUGUAGAUUGGUGCUCACCGCAUGUAUAGCAUAACAACUUAUGUACGCUGUGUAAGUUCUAGGUUUUCAAGGCCAAUUUUUGCUGAGUCAAACGCAUUGCCAGAUUGAUAAAUGGAUCGAAAUGUUAACCUUUUCGUUACUGAGCAUUAAACCGAAUAUGAGUGUUUUUCUUUGUUAAAUUUUCACACAAAAAUGUGGUCACAUAACCCCGACUUUACGCGUAAGUUUCUUACGUAAGUGUUACGGAAGCCACUUCCGUAAGUUGUGAGAAAUAACUGUAAGCGACUUAAGAAUAACAUGCGAACGUAACACCCCUUAAGUUAAUUUCGUAAGUGACUUACAAGUGAGAAGGCGGCCCUAUGUUCAUAGUCAUGGUUUUUACACGAUUCUAAACCAAAUAAUAGCGUAAUUUGGUGCGUUUAGUUAAUUUAUUUAGCUACCACGAAUCCACUAUGUAUAGCUAGAUAUUAUAGACUUAAAUGAAUUAUAGAAUUUGUUAUAUUAACAA